CUGAACGGGCGGAGUAGCUCAGACUGGCCCGAAAACGAGGGGUAUAUAAGGCUCUCGCUUUUGACCCGACGGCGCUGCUGCGGCCGAGACAGUCCGGGGGCGGCAGAGCGGUAGUUCCGCCAGGGUCCGAGGAGAGGGUGUCGUGCUGGCCCUGCAGAAAUGAGUGACAUGGACUCGUACAAGGUGCUCUUGGAUGGGCCGGCGCCAUGGGGGUUUAGGCUGCAGGGUGGCAAGGACUUCAACAUGCCGCUCUCCAUCUCCAGGCUCACCCCUGGGGGCAAGGCAGCCCAGGCAGGCGUGGGUGUUGGUGACUGGGUGCUAAGCAUCGAUGGAGAGAAUACCAGCACCCUCACCCACAUUGAAGCACAGAACAAGAUCCGUGCCUGCGGGGACAAGCUCUCCCUCAGCUUAAGCAGAGUCCAGAACCUCCUAAGCAAACCUCAGAAGGAUGCCUUCCAUUCCUCCGAGCCCCUGAAAUAUAACUUCACACCCAGCACUGCCCUCAACAAAACGGCCCGGCCCUUUGGAGCUUCCUCUGCUCCAAACACUAAGCUGGGGCUGGUGACGAAACCGGUGCUGUACACUCCCUCUGCAUCCAUCUGCACCACACAGCAUAAUGGGCACAGAAACCUGACAAGUCAGGUUAAUGCUCACCCCACUGAGGUGAAGUCUCCACCCCAAAGCAAUCCCUUGCCUGAUUAUGGAGAUUACUACCUGGAGGACCAGCACUCUCUGCGGCUGGUGAGCCUGCCGGGCUUCCUCCCCAGUGACUCCAGCAAAAAGAGACUUAUUGAGGGCACAGAGGACUGGCGGCCCCGGACUGGCACGACCCAGUCUCGCUCUUUCCGCAUCCUGGCCCAUCUCACAGGCACAGAAUUCAUGCAAGACCCGGAUGAUGAGCAUGUUAGGAAAUCCAGCCAGGUCUCGGUUCCUGAUCUGUCUUCUGCGACAACCUUGAAAGUGGAACCUGGAUAUGGCCCUGCUGCUCCAAAGCCUGCGCCUGUCUCUGGUCCUGCCAGUCGCCCACCCUGGGCUGUGGAUCCUUCCUUUGCUGAGCGCUAUGCCCCAGAUAAAACAAGCACCGUGCUGAGCAAGCACAGUCAACCGGCUACACCGACACCCAUGCAGAACCGCAACUCCAUUGUCCAGGCUGCACAGCAAGGACCAGAGGGUGCCAGCAAAACACCCAUCUGCUGUCAGUGUAACAAGAUCAUCAGAGGACGUUACCUGGUGGCACUGGGACGCUACUACCACCCUGAAGAGUUCACCUGCUCACAGUGCAGGAAGGUGCUAGAUGAAGGUGGCUUUUUUGAGGAGAAGGGCUCCAUCUUCUGCCCCAAAUGUUAUGACAUGCGCUAUGCCCCCAACUGUGCCAAGUGCAAGAAGAAGAUUACAGGGGAAAUUAUGCAUGCCCUGAAGAUGACCUGGCAUGUUCAGUGCUUUAUCUGCGCAGCCUGUAAAACACCCAUCCGCAACCGUGCCUUCUAUAUGGAAGAAGGGCAGCCCUACUGUGAGAGAGACUAUGAGAAGAUGUUUGGAACCAAAUGCCGUGGCUGUGACUUUAAGAUAGAUGCGGGCGAUCGAUUCCUAGAGGCGCUGGGCUUCAGCUGGCAUGAUACGUGCUUCGUCUGUGCGAUCUGCCAGGUCAACUUGGAAGGAAAGACUUUCUACUCCAAAAAGGACAAGCCCCUGUGCAAGACCCAUGCCUUCUCCCAUGUGUGAGGCAGAGAACAGGGAAGAGAAGACCUGAAUGCCCAUGUUGCUGGCCUUCCCUAGCCUUGCACCCCCUUUCCCCACAUCCUGCCCUGUCCUGAGAGAGAGAACCCCAGACCUCUUACUUGAUGAUUAUUCCCUUUAGGGGUGCAGGGCCCAGGCUCAGUUUCAGGAAUUUAGAUCAUUGCUGCCCUCACCCCAUAAAAUUCUGUUCUGCACAAGCACUAAGUGACCAAGGCAAGACUGUCACUGCUCUUCCCAUGCUGUGAAGCCAUCGGGUCAUCAGCCCAAAGGACUUGUCCAGGUCUUUGUUUCUGUGCCAGCCACACCCAGAGGAAGGGAGCCCCACUAAUGCUGCUUGCCAGCUGAAGGAUCCCAGGUAGUCACGGUCUGGCAAGGAAGGCAUCAAUUGAGAACAAGCCUUUCCUAGGUGGUCAUUACCCAGGUUUAUGUGAAUAAUUGCUGUUAUGCCCGUGGCAACCACAGGUUUUCACAAAACUCGAUUCUGGGUAGAGCCCAUUAUGUAUCUUUUCCGACGUGGCUCCCAACUUCCCCUUGCCUUCCUUGAAAACUUCCCUGAAAAGUCAUCACAAAAGAUUACUAUGAUCCGGGCUGGCUCUUCCUUUCCAGUCCAUUUGCCCUCUAUCCAUUAGUAUGUAUGUCCAUGUUUAGUGGCAGAAACCCACUCUCAGCUAUAUUACCUCCAAGAAAUUGCUUUUCCCAGAGUGCUGACCUCCCCCCACCCCCGCCCCAUAUGCCUUCCCUGCUAAGAAAAGUGUUUGCAGAGCAGGAAAUACCCCACCAGCAGCAGCAUCACCCUACUCCAGGAACUCAGUGACUUUCUCCAAGGAAGAGCGUUGUGCUGUAAGUUGCAACAAAAUAAUGUUAAUUGCUAAGGAGGGCAGAGAUGUUGCAGGAUCUGGCCUCUUCUCCACACAGUCAAAACUGCUUCUUCAAUGCCAUGAAACGAUGGAACAUGCACUUCACUCCUCAAAUACACUGUGUUGCGCCUGUCUGUAGCUCUCAGCCCCUGGGCCAGAUGUGGCCCCAGAGCAUGCCUGCCAAAGAGUUGUUACUUCUGUUUUGCAUUAAAUGUGUUUCCCAGAACCGUGCUGUCCGGCUGGGCAUCUGUCAUUCUUUGCCACCACGGUGGUGCUUUUAAUGCGUAAUAAAAUAUGUCUUUUAAUUUUUUGUCACCCA